CAACGCGUGGAAAAAUCGUGUGGAUGGAUGGAUGGAUGGAUGGAUGGAUGAAUGGAUCGAGCUUUCACGUGGCGCAGCCUCGACUCAUCUCGGGCGAGUCCCCCUUUGUGCGACCAUCGAAAUGAGGAUCAUCCAUAGUGGAGCGCCACUCGCCGGCCACACUGUGUGUUGUGGCUUGCCCAAAUGUCUUUCGAUACUCUCUGCAUCCACGACCAGCCACUUAACAGGCCGCGCCACCUCCUCUCUCUCUCUCGAUCGAGCACGACUCUUCUUCUUCAGGUGAUCCUUAAUCGAGCAAAAUGAGAUUCUACAUCCUGCUCUCGUUCCUGGUGCGAUUGGCGUUCACGUUUCGACUACCGUUUCAGUUUCACAUCAGCCAGUUGGACAACAACAACAACGGAACAUCAUGUUGCUCGUGCAACUCCUUCAAAGACACGUCGUACAUGGCAUCAACGUGCGGAGUGAAGACAUCUUUUAUGAGCUUGGUCGAGAAAGUUAUCGCCUCUACUUGCGAUAUCGCUAAUCCUUGCAACAGGCUUGGCAGCGAGGAGGUGCCCAACGAAUGGUUCGAUUUUAUCGUGGUUGGAGCAGGGGUGGCCGGGCCCGUAAUUGCCAGGAGAUUAAGCGACAAUCCAUGGUGGAACGUUGUGCUGAUCGAAGCCGGGCCGGAAGAGCCCUCGAUGACUUCGAUUCCUGGACUCGCCGUUCACGCGGUCAACUCGACGUUGGAUUGGAGAUUCAAAACCGAGCCCACCGAACCCCACCCCACGGCCUGUUUAGAACACGACGGAGUGUGCUCGUGGCCACGUGGAAAAAUGAUGUCAGGCACGGCUGGCAUGUACGGCAUGAUGUACAGUAGGGGACAUCCAGAAGUGUACAACAGUUGGGCGCGUGGUGGCGCCACCGGUUGGUCGUACGACGAGGUGACGCACUAUUUCGAGCGUGCCGAGGACCCGAUCAAUCAAUCGAUAUUAUCCGACAAGCCGAGAACGGUACCCGUCCCCGGCCCCAUGAAAAUCCAAUUCUAUCCCGACAAACCGGCGUUCGCCGACGAGAUUCUGAAAGCUGCGUCCGAGCUCGGUUACAGAACGUCGAAUUUGAAGGAGUUCACGCAAACGGGUUUCAUGAUCGCCCCGAUGACGACCGACAACGGUGUACGAGGGACGGCGACGAGGAAUUACCUUAGGCCGGUCCACGGUAGGCAGAACCUGAGAGUGUUGAUAAACGCCCACGUGACCAAGGUGCUGAUGGACUGGCAGGGGAAGGCGUACGGCGUGGAACUGGUGGACAAAGACGGGUACAAGAGAAUCGUGAAGGCGAACAAGGAGGUGAUCCUGACGGGGGGGACGAUCGGGUCGGCUCACAUCCUGUUGAAUUCUGGGAUAGGGCCCAAGGAUCAAUUGACCAAAUUGGGCAUGCACGUGGUCAAGGAUCUGCCCGUGGGGAAGAACCUUCACAACCACGUGUCGAUCGCCGUCCAAUUCAGCAUCAAGGACACGGCUUACGAGGCGAUGACUAUGAACAGCGUGAACGAGUAUCUGGAGACCAGGACCGGGCCCAUGACGAGCACCGGAUUGACCCAGGUCACGGCCUUCUUCGAGAGCAGUUACGCGGUCACGGGUAUCCCCGAUAUCCAGGUGUUCUUCGACGGAUUCGCGCCCAGGUGUCCGAGGACGGGACUCGAGUUCGAGUGUUUGAACGGGGCGCUUGGCCUGUGCCCGGAAAGGAGACAGAUCGUAGUCAGGCCCACGGCACUCACGGCGGCAAGCAAAGGCUACUUGAAACUACGCUCGAGCGACCCGUUGGACCCGCCUCUCAUGUAUCCUAAUUAUUUCGUCGACACGAAGGACUUGAAGGUGUUGGUCGAGGGUAUCAAGAAGUCCAUACAACUCGUCGACACUCAGGCACUCAAGCAAUGGGACUUCAAACUCGACACUGUCGUCCAUCCACUAUGCACGGAUUAUCACUUCGGCAGCGACGCGUAUUGGGAGUGUUACGUGAGAGCGGCGACCGGGCCCGAGAAUCACCAAUCGGGCACGUGCAAAAUGGGGGCGUACGACGAUCCAACAGCCGUCGUGGAUCCGGAACUUCGCGUGCGCGGCGUAUCGAAUCUCAGAGUCGCGGACGCGUCCGUGUUUCCUCUCGUGCCAAAUGGCAAUCCUGUCGCCGCCAUCUUGAUGGUCGCGGAGAAAGCCGCAGACAUGAUCACGCACACGUGGUCCAAGAUAUAACUUUCUAGGGAAUUAUGAUAUGCAGUGUAGAGGCGCUGCUGAUCAUACAAAUUUCGCGUUAUUUCGAAAUUCAAGCAAGGAGAAUUAGAUUAAUGAAUUGUGGGUAUUUUCUAUCUGGUUAACACCACGAUGUUUGUUGUAGAUUUAAAUUUAUGUUAUCAACGAGGUCUGCAAUAUUAAUUUUGGAAUAAAAUUCUAAAUUUUAAGUACGUUUGUAAAACGAAGAUUUAUCUUAUCUACGGAUAAAAUUGUUCCUAAUAGUUUUUCGAAUGCCAAAUGAAUUUUGUAAUAUAUUCGUUUGUAAUUCCAUAUUUCUUUUAAUCCAAUUAUUUCGAGAUACAUUGGCACGAAGAAAAGAAGAGAUAGAUAUUAUAGGGACAGAUAGAGAGUGAUAUCAAAAAAAUAUUUAGAGUUGUAUAUAUUUUUUUUUUCGAUAUUUUCUCAACUUCGAUCAUUCUAUUUUCAAAAUUUUAGGAAUUUUCUUUAGGUGAUUCAUGAACGAGCGUUUGAUAAAAAGCAAAACGUUUCUUUAGACUUUGAAUUAUUCAGAGUAAGAAUGACAUCUUGGCCUAUAUUAUCAUAUAAUUGUUAGAACGUGUUUCUCUGAAUUUUUAAACUUUAUGAUCUCGAAGAAAGAUAAACUUUCGUUAGCAUAUGAAUUGCUCUCGAUCGUUUGAAACAGAAUUUUUUUUUAAAUUUACUUCGUGAUAAACAACGUUCGAUAUAUAACUCCAUCGACGAAUUGGAGGAGUCGUCGCAUUGUUUUAAUAAAAAUUGUUUCUUCAAACACGAUAAA